AUGACACAAAACCAUAUCAAAAUAACCAGAACCACAGAGUCCACAGAACAGAACGAGCAAGGGUCCAAGGAUCACCUGGUCCUUACUGACCUAGUCGUCAUUCCCCUUCCUCCUUCUGUCUCUUUUAUCACUGGCUAUGAGGGUCUCCCUGCCUACAACUUUGGGUCUGAUGCUAAUGUAGGUAGACUGACCCAGACCUUCAUACCUGAGCCAUUCUUCAGGGACUUUGCAAUUAUUGUCACCCUCAAGCCUGCCAGCUCUCUGGGAGGCAUGCUGUUUGCCAUCACCGAUGCCUCCCAGAAGAUUGUUCAUCUUGGCCUGGCCCUGACACCUGUGGAAGACAAGACCCAGAGGAUUGUACUCUAUUACAGUGAUCCAGGGGCCAAUGACACCCAGCAGGUAGCCUCCUUUAAAGUGCCUGACAUGACACAGAGGUGGAACCGCUUCACACUUACAGUAGAGCACGAGGAGGUACGGCUCUAUAUGGACUGUGAGGAGCACUACAGUUCCCCCCUAAAGAGGAGCCAGAACCCUCUCAGCUUUGAGCCAGGCUCGGGCAUCUUUGUGGCAAAUGCGGGCAGUACUGGCCUGGAGAGAUUUGUGGGCUCUAUUCAACAGUUGGUAAUAAAACCAGACCCCAGGGUGGCUGAAGAACAAUGUGAGGAGGACGAUCCUGGCGCCUCUGGGGACAGAAGUGGUGAUGGGGAUUUUGAUGAUGAAGAAGACCAAGGCAGACAUGAGAAAAUAUUUGGUGGGACAAAUGAUAGAGAAGAUAAAAAGACACAUCGGCCCACCUCUCCUGUGCAAGCCCCACCCACUGUAUCACCAGAAGCAGAAGAGGAGGACUUCUCCGGACAUGUGACCCCUAUAGAUGAAAGUCUACCUAGAGGGACUUUCAAAACAGACAAAAAGGGAGAGAGUACAGGCAAUAGUUCUGGCCAGGGGCAAAAGGGGGAGCGUGGUGCUCCUGGACUUCCAGGUCCUCCGGGUCCCCCCGGAUCUCCUGGACCAUCUCAUCCCCCCAGACAUUCAGGGCAGCCCGGCCAGAGAGGCCCACAAGGUCCAAUGGGUCCACCAGGAGUACCAGGCAGACCAGGAAAAGAUGGACAACCUGGAAGCAAAGGUGAAGAAGGAAAACCAGGACAGAGAGGACCGCCAGGAAUUCCAGGGUUAUCUGGAGAAUCUGGAGUUAAAGGGGAGAAGGGUGAUCCUGGAGUUAGUCGGCUUGGACCAGGUGGUCCACCAGGGCCUCCUGGACCACCAGGACAAUCCAAACAGAUUAGAGUUCCUUAUGGAUUUGAUUCUCUUGGUUCUGGAUUUGGAGAUGUUGACAUUGAUACAGAACUUCUUAGGGGUCUACCUGGUCCUCCAGGGCCUCCAGGGAAACCUGGCCCCCCUGGUCGUAGCAGCUUUUCAGGGGGUAUGCUGCCAAGACACCCAAGCUUACCAGGUGCUCCUGGCAAAGAUGGUAGAGAUGGGCUUGUGGGGAAACCUGGACUUCCUGGUGUUCCUGGUCAGGAUGGCUCUUCUGGACUGCAGGGACCGAAGGGAGCAAAAGGUGAACAAGGAAUAAAAGGACCUCCUGGACCAAAGGGUGAAAAUGGUGACCGUGGCCCGAGAGGUUUACCUGGAAAUAUAGGCCCUAUGGGAUCAAGGGGUGCACCUGGGCCACCUGGUCCUCCAGGCCCACCAGGCAACAGCAUUAUGACAGACACUUUGAAGGGACCUCCUGGGUUUCCUGGCCCACCAGGACCUCAGGGACUUCCUGGUGCUGAUGGACCUCCCGGUUUGUCUUUAAAGGGUGAACCAGGAGCCCCAGGACCUGAUGGAAUACCAGGAUUAGCUGGGGUGUCAGGAGCCAGGGGACUGAAGGGAGAGAAGGGCAGUACAGGAGAGAAGGGUGAGCGAGGUCGUGAUGGAAUAAACAUCAAAGGGCCUCCUGGCCCCCCUGGUCCACCUGGACCAAUUAUUAACUUCCAGGAUCUCCUUUUAAAUGAUACAGCAGCCAAAUUCAACCUCACUAAGAUCAGAGGACCCCCAGGCCCUAUGGGCCCUGAGGGCUUGCCUGGCAGAGCAGGAUUCCCUGGCCCAAGAGGACCAAAAGGUGACAUCGGGUUUCCUGGUAGUCAGGGACCUCCAGCACUGAAGGGAGAGAAGGGGGAGUCAGGCGUAUCCAUUGCUGUUGAUGGCUCCUUAUUGAGAAGCCUGAAAGGACCCAGAGGAUCAAAGGGAAGCAAGGGAGACCGUGGCCUCCCUGGACAAGCUGGGAUUGUGGGACCAAUUGGACCACCAGGACAAAAAGGAGGAUAUGGAAUUCCUGGUCGACCGGGUCGGCUUGGAAUGGUUGGAAGGAAAGGGGACAAGGGAGAUGCAAGUGGUACACCUGGUCCACCUGGUCCACCUGGACCUCCAGGGCCACCAGGCCGAGUGAUUGGCCUCAGUGGAACAGUUUACCCAGUCCCUCCCCGACCACACUGCAAAACACCAGUCAACAACAACAAUUCACAACAAGUAGAUGGAAGACAGUCAUUUGGAUUCAAAGGGGAGAAGGGUGAUGUAGGAAAUCCUGGGUUGCCAGGAACUUCAGUGCCUAUGUUUCCUGAUGGUUAUGUGGGUGCUAAAGGUGAUACUGGCUACAAAGGGCAGAAGGGAGAGAAAGGGGAUCCAGGUAUGCCUGGCCCUCCAGGGCUCCCGGGGAGAACAGGCCUUGUGGGACCCAAGGGCGAUUCUAUUGCUGGUCCUCCUGGGGAGACUGGAGCCCCAGGCCUGCCAGGACUGCCUGGCUAUGGAAGACCAGGACCACAAGGGCCACCAGGACCUCCUGGGCCUCCUGGUUCCCCAUCAGUGUAUGACUCAGCCUCAGCUGUGAGCCUCCCAGGGCCUCCAGGGCCUGCUGGGCCUCCUGGUGCUCCUGGCCAUGGAAACCCAGUGAGCACAUAUAAAAACAGCCAGACCUUGAUCAGUGAGACCCAUCAAGCUGCAGAAGGGACUAUGGGAUAUAUCUUAGAUGAGAUUGAACUGUACAUCAGAGUACAAGGGGGCUGGAGGAAAGUUGAGCUGGGAGAGCUAAUCCCAGUUCCCGAAGACACUUCAUCAUAUGCUUUGUCACAAGGCCUGAGCAGACCAAGUGACCGCAGUAUACCCAGAGUUCACAGCCAGGAGUUAAAGAGCUACCUGCCACACUUCAAUGUUCUUCCGCACACUGCACACUCUGUGCCUGGGUUGCACCUGGUGGCACUUAAUGCCCCAUUCACAGGGGACAUGCGUGGAAUCCGAGGGGCAGAUUAUCAGUGUUACCAGCAAGCCCGUGUCAGGGGCUUGACAUCUACAUACAGAGCUUUCCUCUCCUCUCACCUUCAAGACCUCUCUACCAUCGUCAAGAAAGGGGACCGCUUCAGCUUGCCAGUGGUGAACCUCAAAGGAGAAGUGCUCUUCGGCAGCUGGAUGGCUAUGUUCUCUAGCAACGGAGGUGUUUUUGAUCCACUUAUUCCGAUUUACUCCUUUGAUGGACGAAAUGUCAUGACAGAUCAGGCUUGGCUUCAGAAACUGGUUUGGCACGGCUCGAGUACCGAGGGCAUCCGUAAGACGACUAACUACUGUGAGGCAUGGCGGACAGGUGACAUGGCAGUAACCGGACAGGCGUCUCUCCUGCAUACUGGCAGACUGCUUGGGCAGCACACCCGUAGCUGCUCGAACAACUUCAUUGUGCUUUGUAUUGAGAACAGCUACAUACAGGACUCCGGAAAGAACUAGAAAUUGGACUAACACCAUCAUUUGGACUACCCUUUUAAACUAGUGUUCUUAUCAUUCACUGCAGAUGUAGGGAGCAGCAGUGGCCGGACUGCUGGAGAAAUAUCCAAUCUAACACACCAGAGAAAAUGACACUGCAAUCAUGUUUCAAUUUUUCUCUGAGCAUGAUGUAAAUAUGUGUAAAUCACCCACUGACUUUCAUUCAACUAUGUAUUAGAAUACCAAAGAAUACCUCAGUAAGACUUCAGCAAGUAAGUGUAGAUCUCAUUCCAUUGUACGACUUCAGAUUACUGUGUGCCUUCUCAGAUGGUUUUAGUCCCUCUUUACCAUGACUAAUAUAGAGGGUUUUUUAUAUGUGUAAUGUAUUUACUACAGAUUUUAAAUGACAAACUUUGAUUGAACUUAAUCAGAUUUAAAAGA